AGAGACUUUGCCAGUCAUCCCGUCCCCGGAAGCGGAAAUCUAUCCGAGCAAAGACCUGGAGGCCAACAUGAAAGAAGCAGUGGCUAAGCGAAAAGAACCGGAGGACGUGGAGAUGAAAGAGGAGGAGUCGGAAAGCGGCGAGGGAGGGAAGAAGGAGCUGGACAGCGUCACAUUGGAAGAUAUCAAAGAGCAUGUAAAGCAGAUUGAGAGGGCUGUGUCUGGGAAAGAGCCAAGAUUUGUACUUCGGGCUCUAAGAGCUUUACCCUCAACUUCUCGCCGCCUCAAUCCCAAUGUGGUGCACAAGGCAAUUAAUGGCUUCUUCACCUCCAACCCUCCAACCCGUGAUUUUCUGCUCGGCUUCCUGGAAGAGCUGAUGGACACAGAGGGAGACGUGCAGUUUCGGCCACGCACUGGCAAAGCUGCCGCCGCUCCCCUGCUGCCGGAGGUAGAGACGUAUCUCCAGCUGUUACUUGUCAUUCACCUGAUGAACAGCAAGCGCUAUACAGAGGCUCAAAAAGUCUCUGAUGACUUAAUGCAGAAGAUUAGCCCCCAGAACCGCCGUGCACUGGACCUGGUGGUUGCAAAAUGUUACUAUUACCAUUCACGUAUUUACGAGUUCCUCAACAAGCUGGACGCAGUCAGGAGCUUCCUGCAUGCAAGACUGCGCACAGCCACGCUCAGGCACGAUGCCGAUGGGCAAGCAACGCUGCUCAACCUCCUGCUCAGAAAUUACCUUCAGUACAACUUGUACGAUCAGGCUGAAAAAUUAGUGUCCAAGUCUGUGUUCCCUGAGCUGGCAAAUAAUAAUGAGUGGGCUCGCUAUUUGUACUACACAGGGCGCAUUAAAGCCAUUCAGCUGGAGUACACAGGAGCAAGGAGGACUCUGACUAAUGCCCUGAGGAAGGCUCCCCAGCACACUGCUGUGGGCUUCAAACAGACUGUUCACAAGCUUCUGAUUGUGGUGGAGCUGCUACUUGGAGAAAUCCCAGACCGUCUCCAGUUCAGGCAACAUUGUCUCAAGAGGUCACUUAUGCCCUAUUUCCUUCUUACUCAAGCUGUUAGGACUGGAAAUCUGUCCAAAUUUAACCAGGUUCUUGAACAGUUCUGUGAGAAGUUCCAGUCUGAUGGGACAUACACGCUUAUCAUUCGUCUGAGACACAACGUCAUCAAGACAGGAGUACGCAUGAUCAGCCUGUCAUACUCCCGGAUCUCUUUGCCUGACAUUGCUCACAAGCUGCAGCUGGACAGUGCCGAGGAUGCAGAGUUUAUAGUGGCCAAAGCGAUUCGUGACGGCGUUAUUGAGGCCGGCAUUAACCACGAAAAAGGCUACGUCCAAUCAAAGGAGAUGAUUGAUAUUUAUUCCACAAGAGAGCCACAGUUGGCAUUUCACCAGCGCAUUUCAUUCUGCUUGGAUAUACACAACAUGUCUGUAAAGGCUAUGCGAUUUCCCCCAAAGUCCUACAACAAAGACCUGGAGUCUGCAGAGGAACGCAGAGAGAGAGAACAGCAGGACUUAGAAUUUGCUAAGGAAAUGGCAGAAGAUGAUGAUGAUGGAUUUCCAUAACCUCUGUCUCCACUACCGUUUCUUUUUUUAAAAAUUUUGAUGAAUUUUUUGUUUGUUUGUUUUGGUUUCAACAAUACACAUGUGACUUGCCACCCC